GGGCAGAGGAGCUGAGACAUCCGUCUCCCCACGAGAACCUCUCUCGGGUUGAGCAAGAUGGAUUACCAAACGACAACUCCGUUCUAUUACAUUGAUUAUGGUAUAUCAGAGCCCUGCCAAAAAACCGAUGUGAGACAAAUUGCAGCCGGUCUCCUGCCCCCACUCUACUCGCUGGUGUUCAUCUUUGGUUUUGUGGGCAACAUGCUGGUUGUCCUCAUCCUCAUAAACUGCAAAAAGCUGAAGAGCAUGACUGACAUCUACCUGCUCAACUUGGCCAUCUCUGACCUGCUUUUCCUUCUCACCCUCCCAUUCUGGGCUCACUACGCAGCACACCAGUGGGACUUUGGAAAUACAAUGUGUCAACUUUUGACUGGGCUCUAUUUUAUAGGUUUCUUCUCUGGAAUCUUCUUCAUCAUCCUCCUGACAAUCGAUAGGUACCUGGCUAUCGUCCAUGCUGUGUUUGCUUUAAAAGCCAGGACGGUCACCUCUGGGGUGGUGACAAGUGGGGUCAUUUGGGUGUUGGCUGUGUUCGCCUCUCUCCCAGGAACCAUCUUCACCAAAUCCCAAAAAGAGGGUUCUCGUUUUACAUGCAGCCCUCAUUAUCCAGCCAGUGAUUAUCAUUUCUGGAGGAAUUUCCAGGCAGUAAAGAUGACCAUCUUGGGGCUGGUCCUGCCACUGCUGGUAAUGGUCAUCUGCUACUCAGGAAUCCUAAAAACCCUGCUUCGGUGUCGCAAUGAGAAGAAGAGGCACAGGGCCGUGAGGCUCAUCUUCGUGAUCAUGAUUGUUUAUUUUCUUUUCUGGGCUCCCUACAACGUCGUCCUUCUCCUGAACACCUUCCAGGAAUCUUUUGGCCUGAAUAAAUGCAGUAGCUCUAAUAGGCUGGACCAAGCCAUGCAGGUGACAGAAACUCUUGGGAUGACACACUGCUGCAUCAACCCCGUCAUCUACGCCUUUGUCGGCGAGAAGUUCAGAAGCUACCUCUCCGGUUUUCUCCGGAAGCACGUUGUCAGACGCUUUUGCAAACGCUGUCCACUCUUCCAGCCAGAGGCUCCUGAGCGAGGGAGCUCAGUUUAUACUCGAUCCACUGGGGACCAGGAAAUCUCUGUUGGCUUGUGACCUGGACUGGGUUUUUAUACACAGCCUGGAGGUGGGAGUGGUUCUUUUAAUAAGGAAGUUACUGUCAUAGAGGGUCUAAGAUUCAUCCAUCUAUUUGGCAUCUCUUUUAAGUAUAUUAGAUAUUUUAAGUCCAUCAAUACCAGAAAGCC